CAGGGAAAGGAAAAACAGCCACUGAAAAGAGAGAUAGGGGAAGCUGGGAAAUUCAGCAGAAAGCAUAGGCCUGAGCCAAGGAACUCUAUAGCCUCUGUCCUCUUUUUCUUUUCUACAAAAAAAAAAAAAAGCGACCCCAAGAGGGGGGUGGGUGGGGGGUAAACAGGUCCCAGGGUAGACACACAAACACUUUGCUCACUAGUCAAAUAAACCCCCCAAAAAAGAAUACAAUAAUCCAGGUCCCCCUCCAGACUCUGCCAAGAGACCAAGGAGGGGCUGCUACAAGAAUAACAACAACCACAACAACAUCACCAAAAACAAUGAUGGAGAAGCAAUAAGCAGGAACAGGUUUUAUUGCUCUUUGUUGGUCCAUGUAUUUGCCCCAUUGCUGCAGAAAGGCCUGAGAGCAGAGAGGGAUCUGCUGGGGGCAGUGCACAGGUCACUGGCUGCUGCUGGCUUCUCCAUCACUCCUGUGCCCCCCAAGGGAAGAAAAAGUUAGAUCUGGUGGAGACAUCAUGGAUCCUUAGCAACCUCAGUUGGUUGGUAUCUCGCAGCUCCAAGGGAGGGCUGAAGGAGCAAGCGAUUGAUACCCAAUCUCUGCCACUUCCCUGCACGGGAACCUGAUACACUGUGACUACGCCAUGCUGGGCUACCAGGAUCUCAUGCAGACCUAACGCCCGCACUGUGCCGCAAUGAGCAGGUACAAGAGAGAAGAGAGAGCAAAAUGAAUGGUGGCAGUGAGAGUGGAGGAGGAGAUAACUAUGGAGGGCCCCCUUUGGUCCAAGUGCCAAUUGGCUGGCAGAGGAGGGUUGAGCAAGCCACUGUGGUAUACGUCAGUCCUAGUGGUACAAUCCUUACCUCUAUGGAUCACUUAAGGAAGUAUUUAGUCACUGAUGGAACCUGUAAGUGUGGGCUGGAGUGUCCGCUUAACAUCUACAAGGUUUUUAGCUUUGACCCCAGAGCAGUGGUGAAGAGGCGUAGUGCCGAAGACGUGAAAGCUGAGGAAGACAUGACCAAGCUCUGCAACCAUCGUCGGAAAAUUGUGGCCCUUGCAACCCUGUACAAGAGCAUUGAGAGUACUCCCCUUGCACUACAAAGCCAAGCUGCUGGAUGUGGACCCAGUCAAAAUUUCCACGGAAUGUCCGCCAGCCCAAAGAUGGGACAGCACCCUUUGCCCCAGGACCCUGACAUCUUCACCAAACUCAUGAUGGAAAAAGCCCACAACAUGCCUACUCACCAUUUGGUGGAGAAACCUCUGGAUCAGAAACAGGAACUCUUCGCUUCCAAUCCUGGAGAAAGGUACCCUGGAAUCCGAUCCAGCCAGCGGCCUGCUCUGCCAAGGCAGCAAGGGGCACCACUUGGUGAGCCCUAUGCCUUAAGGACCUGUCCACCAGCACCAUCUAAUGGUAGCUAUGAGGUGUUUUCCAGGACUCCGCAAGCCAUAUCCCAUGAGCUGUGCUCCAGCUCUUUUACACAAGUUAAGUCUUCCCAGAAUCGACCUUCCUACCCCUCAUGUAGUCAAGAACUUGCAGAUUUGUCUCCGAAGUCUUUGUCAUUUAGCUCUUGUAGUUAUGUGCCUGGUGGCACUUUCUCUCGGACGCUGGAAGAGUCUACUCAGGGCCCCAGACGGCCUUUUGCAUUCCCUGAGAAGGAUCCACUGGGCAUUUUGGACUCAAACAGCUGUAGGCCUCCAAGUCCAAAGCAACACACAUUGAACUCUCCCCCUCCACUGCAUUCUCAGGUUCCCAUCAUGAAUGCACAUUCUGUUCCGGAACAUAACUCUGGUAACCGAUCUUCUCCUGCUGUGCCCCAACAUUUCUCCCCAUUUACCCGUAGUGGAGCACUAACGUCUCCAUCAACAACGCGAUCUUCAGUCUCUUCAAUCUCUUCUCCAGCUGGCAGUAUGGAGCCAUCCCCACAACGCUCCCGUCACUCCUCUGCUUCCUCUGAGCACUUCCCUGGUCCUCCAAGGUCUAGUUCCAGAUCUCCACGACCUGUUGGUUCUCCUAAACGAUCUGUGCCCCACAGUCCAAAAGCAAUACUUGAAGGCCUCCCUCCAUUUGGGCAGGCCCAACUGGGAUCAUCAUCAAAUGCCAGCCAUGCCUUAACCCACCAAAGCAAUAAAGCAGCACCACCUGUGUCUUUGGGAGCAGCGCAAGGCUUACUAGGCUUUCCUCUUGGUUGCAUUUUGGGUCAGCAAAGCAAUGCCUCGUUCCCGGCCAGUAGCCUUCUAACAGCAGCAGCCAAGGCUCAAAUGGCAAGUCAAACCAAACCAGAAGCCACGGUCCCUAGCACUUUACCUAGCCGGUUGCUCAACCCUUGUACCUUCCUCUCUGCAACUGGCACACAAGAAAGCCGGGGGCUGCCUAACAGGGCUCAUUCACAGAGAAGGGAUGUAUUAGUAAAGCGUAAAAGACAGAAAAAUUCCCCAGGGCCUGAUAUUAGUCCACACGAAUCUGGUGGACCUCCCUUUUCACCCAAUAGCCCUAGUGGGCUCUCCAAAUUUAAUCCUGGUGUAUCAAAAUUGUCUGGGAUUGGAGGGCAGCUUGAGGAAGACCUGGGACGAUCCAAAGUCCUUCCUUCACAUUCAUUUGCUGGUCAAACGGUAUCUUCUGUUCAAAUGCCUCGUUCGUCAGCUGAGGAGUCUCCAAGCCAAAGCAAAAAUCCCAGCCUUUCUCCAGCUUCCCAGGACUUUAGCAGUCAUCUCCUUGGCCUUGUAGGGCAACUAGUCCAUACAGCUACAGAGCAGAACUCAGGGACACCUUUACCACUGAAGUUACCUUCAGGCUCUACGGGGACAAACCCAUCUUCCACUACAAAGCCCAACCAAUCUCCGAUUGCAAAAUCGUCUCCUGUUCCCAGCCUAGUACAGAACUGUGUCACUGAAGGCAACAACGAAUUACCAUGUGCCCUUCCACCUGGUGGGGAUGGCUUCUCUUUUCUGGGCCAGGAUCAAGUUCUGCCUUUUGUUGCCACUCCUAGCCUGUUAAACUUGGCAAUGCUGGGGUCAUUGCCACUCUCCCUCAGCCUAAAUCAGCACCAACAGCUAUUAAACCAAGGCUUGCUCAAUUUACUCUCUUCUUCCUUAUUAGGAAGUACAGAACUUGGCUUCAUGGGACUGCAGAAUCCACCACUUACUCUGCCAUCUGCUGUAGGUGAUCCAGAAAACAAUGCUUUGCAGGCUUUGUUAAUGGCAUCUCUCCUUCAUAGUCCUCUUUUACCACUAGGAGGGCUGGGCUUGCCACAGUUAGAUCUUUCCCAACAAAACCAUCAGCAAAGCAAUCUGCUGUCCUCUCUUGCACCCUUACUUGACUCUCUACCCCCUGCACAAACUGACACAGCUGAGAAAACUGAGACACCCAUUACCCUUCCCGAGACCUUCUCUGAGAGCACUCUCCAACCACUGCUUUUCCCUCCUGUCUCUGCCUCGCCAGCCCUCAUUGCCCUGAAUUCAGCACUUCUGGCUGCCAGUCUUGGGGCUGUUGACUCCUCCACUUGCCCUGGACAGAUCAAUAGCUCCUGUGCUGGGUCUGCAUCCAUUACCACAACCACUAACUCACCUGCCUUAUCAGAAGGGAAGAUACCUUCAUCUGAAACACACAGCCCCUUCAACCUCCAGCAAUCACAAACUUCAUCUGGCAGACUUAAUUCUCUCAUGCCACCUCUUCUCAACCCAUUGCUUACAGCUGGCUUGUUAGGUGAUCUCUCCACAUUGAAUACAAAUACUGGUGGGCAUUUAGGAAACCUCCAGACGCUGCUGAGUGCUCAGGCCCUGCUUCCAAACCAGCAGGCUUUUCUUCCUUCCCUUCCAGGACCUCUAGGGAUGCACUUGUUCCAGGGACAGUCUCUUCUGCAAGGACACCGGAGCAACACUCAGACCCACACUACAUCCACAUCUGAGAAAGAAGUCAGCCAGUCUUCCCAUUCCGAAUGUUCCAUAACACCGACAUCUCAAGCCCAGCCAGUAUGUCCUCAACAUUCUGACUCCACUCUUGCCUCUCAAAGAGCUGACAUGGCUGGAAAAACUCAGAAUUCUUCACUCCCUGCUGUGCGACCUGGUUCUUCUUUUGUCUGCAAUGCCUCAAGUGCCUUUGAAACUAGCCCCAUCCCCAAAGGCCCCCUUUACCAGGGACCAGCACGUGCUGACCUUCCCCCUGACACACCUGCUGAUCCCCCAAGAACAGAAACCUUGCCUCCGUCUUUUGACUCUCCUUGCCCUGAGACUGAAUCAGAAGCAUCUCCACUCAAAAGGUGCCGGCUGCUAACUGACCCUGUUAUCACAACUGAUGUCCCAAAUGGAGCUACACCAAACCUUCUCUCAUGGAUGGGCUCCUCGCAUUCUUCAAACGCCUUAAAUAUUCCUGAAAUGGAGCUCUCCAAGGGCAAGGAACGGGGCUAUAGGUUUAAUGGCCGUGCCCGGAGUGAGAGGACUUAUGGUCGUUGGCCACGGGGAGAUAGACUGUCCGGUUCUAGACAUUCUUACUGGAAGUAUAAUGGUGGAGAUGCAACCCAAAAUGAUGAGGUAGCUGGACGUAGCCAGGAACUGGCACAGCCAGUGCUUGGCAUCCCUACAUAUACCUCUCACUGGCAGGAAGAGGGAGAACAGCCCAGGGAGCAGGAGGUGGAGGUGCCACCCCAGCUGCUGAAACGCUCCCGAAGAGGAAGACGAAGGGGCCAAAAUUCACAGAGGAUGAGCACUCGGCUGGAAGCGGUUCCCUCGAAAUGGCCAACUCCUGAUCCUGCCAGUGGUUUAAAUGCUGACCGCCCCAUCGUCAGGCACAACAGACCUGGACGCCCUGCCAAGAACAGAAGGCGGAGGAUGAUUUAGCAGAUUUCGCUGGCUCUUCUUACUCUUAUUGCGCUUAUCCCAAUUCUUUCACAGGCACUUCCUUUCGCCCCCCCCCCCCCCCUUUCCCUUCCACAUGUUUCUCUGAGUACAGCAAGUGAGCGAGCUAUGCCUUUUAUUUAAGCUCUUCCUUUUUCUAUACAGAAGGAUCACCCUUCAGAUUGAAGUCAGAAUACAUGUUCAGUUUCUCCCACUCAACUCAGGAGAUAACUAGGGCUUUCCCUUCUCUUCCCCAACAGCUAGCAAAUUCUGAUCACUUGCUAUAUCAUGGCCUUAUUACCUUCAAUGUUAUGGGAUCCUUGUUUUUAAGGAAUGUUACCUGUUCCUCGACAGGGCUUUUUAUCACUUGGACCUACAGUAUAUAUGAAAUAUGAUAAUACUUAAUAUGAUAACACUUAAUCCUAUUUAUCAGUGGAAUUGUGCAAAAUCUAAUUAUUUUUUUGUACAUUUGUGUACACCCUCAAAAUUUUUAUUUACCUCCUCCACAUUACUUUGGGUUUGAGCAUCUCACUCUGGCUUGGCAGCCGUUUCAAGUGUGUCUUAUCAGGUGUUAAUUGAUCUGUUUUACCCUCCACUUUGACUUUCUAUACACAUUGUAAGUAGUAGUUGUUCCCACAAUCUAAUAGGGUCCCAUCAGGCCCACUCUAGAAUAUAUGAGCCAUAAAAAUGCUGCCUCCUUGCUCUCGAAAGCACAAAUUACAUUAUCUGCAACUUCUUUCCUCCUUACACUGGUUUGGGAUUUGUUUGAAGCUUUUUGGUGUGUAUUUGUUUUGAGAUUUUUUAUUUUAUUAUUAUUAUUUGACCCUUUUAAGUUAUUUCCCCAUUAACAGUUAUUUUUGUCCAUACAGUAUAACUUUCCCUUUAGCACGGUUUGACAUUUGAUAAUACAGUAGUUCCCAACACAGUCUUCAAGGCAUAAUAUUUGUUCAUUACUUAAGAAUUUCCUAAUUCUGUGCCUAUGUGCAUACCAACAUAGAAUCUGCGUGAUGUACCUACUGCCAGGUCUCUAAUAGAAUCUGCGUGAUAUACAUACUGCCAGGUCUUUGGUAGUCUGACAUCCAAUACGAUGCACUCAUGCCAAUGAGAAUCUGUUAAAAAAAAAAACUUAGCAUAUUUAUUUAAAUUUGUAGGGUACAUCCUAAAUACUAGCUCAGGUUCAUCAUUCAGAGGACAUUCAUUAUCUGUUUAAUGGUGUAAGUUGACAUCCAUUGCAGUUAUUGGAAGAGCACAUAUGUGUAAAGAGAAGGUGUGAAAUAACAGCAUUUGGAAAGCAGUAUAGGUAUUCUGUCAUCUUUAUCAGGAAGGACAACUCCUGCCAAGCACUUCAUAGGUAUUACGUGGGAGAAAUACAGAAAACAAAUCCCGUCCUUAUCCAUCAGAACUAUUGUAAAACACUUUCAGACUAUACAUAACGAGCAAUUCUGGCUAUUUGUUUCCAUGGUGAUUAUAGUACUAGGCCCUACAGUUGCUCUUUAUACUUAAACCAAAAUAAUACUUAACACUACAUGUGAGCACUCUAUAUUCUUCAAUGCAUAACAUUAAUUUAUUUUUCUUUUCUUUAAAAGCAUUCUCACAUAUCAAAAUACUUGACUAGGAUUCAGGGAUAGCAUGUAUUUUACUUAAGAUUGUAAAGCUUUUGAUUACCUUGUGUUACUGCUGCCUACUCUUUGGUUAAAUUAAUCACUACGUAAAGGACUUUUGAUAAUCAUGUUUCUAGAAACCUUUCUAAUAUAUAAAAUUGUAAUCUGGAUGCAAGAAAUGUGUUCAACAUCUACUUUUAGGAGUCCGUCACUACUCAUAGAUAACCAGUUGGGUUCUGAAAGGCAGGGUUAGAUUAAUUUAAUCUUGGAGCCAGACAACAAUUAGCCAAUUGACAGCCGAACUGCUGCAUUCACUCAAUUCGUCAUGUAACAGCUGAACCCUUCAUUCACUCACAACACACCGAAUAACGUAUAGCUGUCAACUCACAUACACUUCUCAUGUAUUUUCCACUCGGCUUCCACAUCAAAUGUGACUUCCUUAUACAUCCCAGUGUGACACCCAUCUCACAUAGAGCACCCCACAUCACAUAAAUCACACAAAACACACAUAUGUUAUUGUUUCUGCUACAGCAGUUGCCUUGUGGAUUUAAAAAGCUGCAUGUGGCAGUGAGGUUUGUCGUCAUUGUGCUAAUUUGUCACACAGUCUUGUCAUAUCACUCUCAAGGAACCAGAGGACUUGGGUCACAAGUGACGUCACUUUCUAAUGAAUGCAUUCAUAGUAAUUGGUCAGAAAGCAUCUUGCUUUAAUACAUAAACCAAUUAAAACCAGUGGCUAUUACUGCAUAAUAGGACAUUUUUCAAGUCUAGGACUGAGAAUUUAAGGAACACACGAAACACCUCAACUAAAGCUCACUGUGGUUGUUAUGGUACCUGGAGUGCCUAAUAUUAUAAGUAGUCAAACGGUUUUAAAAUUGUUUUCUUAUCUGGUGUCGCUCUGCUGUCUCUCUACAGCCUCCAGUAGAGCCGGACGCUCUUGCGUAGGAGCGUCCGUUUGAUCAGCUCAGGGGGCGUUAGCUGAUAGGACUCAGCCAGUGAACUAAGCCAUGCACCGUUGCACUUAGUUCAAACCGAGAACUUCCAGCUAGGGAGGGGGCUGCAAGGAGACGUGGAGUGGCCCUUGUCAGACCCCAAGUAAGAAGUCCAACCGUUGUAAAACAGUUUGACUACUUACAAUGAGGAAGGGGAGGGUUAGUAAGGUUACUCCUGGCAUUAAAACAUACAUACUCUGAUGGUCAGGAGUCUUGGAGUGGAGUGAAAAAAAACGGUCAAUGAAAGCUUUGGUAAUCACUUGUUUUAUAGGAUAAGGAGGAGCCAUAGGAAAUCUUGCAAUCUAAUGCUGUUUGGAUAGUUGAAAUUUUUAGCUUGUACCAUGCUUGUCAGCAAUUUCUAAAUACCGGCAGUUAAUUGGAGUGAGUUCUGUCCUGAAUAGUACAGUUGGAUAUAUAUUGAUAGAUUAUUUUAUAGAUAUGCCAGUAUGCCUUGUCAUUAGACAAGCCACCAAAUUUACAAUUUUCUGUAUUUCUUAAUCUAAUCCCAAUCAAAACAGACUUGCUACGAUUAAUGACCCCCAGUUUAUUUAAUUAGAUGUUUCA